AUGCUUGGAGCAUCCACAGCAGACGCGCAUGAACUGAGACUCUCGCCAUUGCGCGGCCUGACGCCUCGUAUCUUAGACUUUUUGUUCCGGAGACUCGCAGCACUGGCACGAGAGCGCAACGCUGCGUUCUACUGUGGAGAAGGAGAGGAUCGCGCUCUGCAGUACACACUGGCAUGUUCGUACUUGGAGAUUUACAACGAGAAGGUCUUUGACUUGCUGGAACCUACAGGCUCCGUUGCCGCUCAACAGCCGAAAAGUCUUCGAGAAGAUCGCAAUAAAGAGGUUUAUGUGGACCAACUACGUGAGAUCGACGUGGGAAGUGAGGAAGAAGCGCUGACGUUGCUGCAGCUGGGCUCCCAGAACCGUCACAUCUCGUCAACAGAUAUGAAUCGCGAGAGCUCACGCUCACACGCGGUUUUCUCGGUGAAAUUGGUGUUGGAGGAGCGCACGUCGGCUGGUGUGAAGCGUACACGUCGCUCUUGCUUGCAUUUGGUGGAUCUGGCAGGUAGCGAGAAGCAGCGACAGACGCGAGUGCAUGGCAAACGACUGAAGGAGGCAGCACAGAUCAACAAGUCCCUAUCAGCGCUGGGUAACGUGAUCAUGGCGCUGGUUGACGUCAGUAACGGCCAAAAGAGACACGUGCACUACCGCGACUCGAAGCUUACGUUCCUUCUGCGUGACGCUCUGGGUGGCAACGCUAUCACGAGCAUUGUGGCUACCAUUUCGCCCGAAGAAAAGUACUUCACGGAGACGCUGAGCACGCUGAAAUUCGCCCAACGCGCCAAGUUUAUCAAGAACAAUGCCGUACAGAACGAGGAUGCCGACUCGCUGGUCCCUGUGCUGAAAGAGCAGAUCGAGAAGUUGAUGCAAGAGAUCGCCACCUUACGUAGCAGCGCUGAAGCUCAAGCUCAAGCUCAGGAGAAGAAGCAGAAUCGAUGGGAACCAGCGUUAGAUAUGAUGCAGAAGCUACUACGUUCAAGUGGCGCGAUGGCUCCUGUGGAUAUUGCAGAGAACGAAGAGGAACCUCAGCAACAAGAGCGUGACGUCGUGGAAGUUCGUUGUGAUCGACUUGAAAUGCUGCUGUACCGCAUGAUUUGUCGCUUUGAGGAGUACAAGGAGGUGACGUUUGACCCGGAUCGCUACAAGCUCAGUCGACGGCCACACCAACUGAAGCCGAGUAAGCUUCAAGCUCCACGGAUGUCGAUGCUGCCCACACCCAAGCGGUACGGUGCUGCUGCGCGUUACCAUCAUGUAGACAACCAGGAGCACUCUGCUGACGACGACGAGAAUGCCGCUGCUCUGGCUGCAGCUGAGAAACGAGAACGUGAGCUGCACAAGAAGGUCCAGGAACAGCAGAAUCGAGUCGACGAACUUCUGCAACGGUCACAAGAAGCUGAGGCGGAGAAUGAUCUGAUCCGUCACGAGCUUUGUGAGCUGCUAGAGUGGAAGGCCUUUGUGGAGGAAGAGCGACGUCGGGUUAGUGAUGCUGAGACACCCAUUCUGGAAGCGUCCACUGUACCCAGCGAGGAGAUGCAGGAGAUGCAGGAAAUGCUCAACGUGUACCGCUCGCUGUUUGAUGAAGUCACGGAGUUGAUGUACACGAAGAGGCCAAUACUGUGCAGUCCACCGAGUCCGAAGUCCGGCUCUUCGGUGGUCACGGACUCGAACUCGACUAGUUACGCUUCUGGGGAUGAGGAUGAAGCCGGUGACGACUGCAUGUCGAUGGAUGGCUUCGAUGCCAGUGAAGAUGGCGAAGGAGGCGUCAGCGAUACGUACCGAGAGAUCCGUCGUGUGAACGCGCUGAGUUCACGUCUUGGACGGAAGCUUGACUUGUAUCAGGACACGAUCCAGCGUCUAGAGAAAGAGCUGCAGACCACGCAAGACGAGCUGGAGACGUCCAGUGCCGCUACGAAAUUCGCAGAGUUCCAGCUCCAACAGCUGCGAACUUUGGCAGCUGAUGAGGAAGCCAAGCAGACGCAGGCUGAGAAUGAACUGCGGGAAAAGCUGGAGCAAUUGGAACAAACUGUGCGCUCUCAACGCGACGAAAUGGCGCAGGUGCUCGAUGAGAAGGCUGCAGAGGAUGCUCGUGCGUUGGAACAUGAGCAGCAGGCAGCUCGACGUGAAGUUGAGCGUCUGGAACACAGUCUACGCAACAGCAGCGAGUCAGGAGAGGACGAAAACGACAAGCAGCAGCUUGCGAACGCUCUCCAGGCAGCUCAAAAACGCAUUGAAGAUCUGGAGCGAGAGAUAAAGGCUUCACAAUCCACUAUAUCAGUUUCGGAGAUGAAGGCACCCAGUGACGAGACUCCAGUACAACUCCAGACGUUGCUGGAUCGUGCGCUGGAGGACAACGCGAAGCUCUUAGAAACGGUGCGUGACCUGCAAGGUAAGCGGCAACGUAGUGGCGCCAAUCUUCAGUUGCUUUCUUCUUUGCUGGCGGCGGCUGCGGGGGACGAGAAGAAAGCUGAGAAUGCGAGCGAGGAUAGCAAAGCCGACGAGUUGACUCAUUUACGGCGUGAAAUUGCCACGUUGCGACUUCAACGAUCUGGAUCCGACAUCACCGACUUGAACGCCCAUGGAGUGGACACGGAGGCUCUCGCAAAAGUAAGUAAGUGGUUGUAG